ACUGUCUGAGAUAGUGCGACUGUUUCUGCUGCUGUUGCUGCUGCUGCUCGUGCUGCAGCGGCAGCAGCUGCUGCUGCUCGUGGGACUUUCUGAUGCGUAACAGGUAGGAGAGGGUGGGGAAGUGAAGCCAUCCCAGCCUGAGCCAGCCGCGGCAGCAGCGGCGAGGACCGGAGCCCAGCGCAUCCACCUCUACCCUGGGGGAGUCGGCCAGAGGAGGCUGCAGGCAGUAGCUGGACCCGCUAACCGCAGGCGCCUUCGGGCAAGAUGAGCGCAGUAUCUCAACAACAGGCUGUCCACAGCCACCUGGAGAAGCCAUCAAGUACUGCAAUUUUGUGUAACACCUGUGGGAAUGUGUGCAAAGGAGAAGUUUUGCGAGUCCAGAACAAGUAUUUUCAUAUAAAGUGCUUUGUUUGCAAAGCUUGUGGCUGUGACUUGGCAGAAGGUGGUUUUUUUGUGAGGCAGGGAGAAUACAUUUGUACCUUGGACUAUCAAAGACUCUAUGGUACCCGGUGCUUCAGCUGCGAUCAGUUCAUUGAGGGUGAAGUGGUUUCAGCAUUGGGGAAGACCUAUCAUCCAGAUUGUUUUGUGUGUGCUGUUUGUAGAUUGCCUUUUCCUCCUGGUGACCGAGUGACCUUUAAUGGGAAGGAGUGUAUCUGCCAAAAGUGUUCCCUGCCCCCAACUACCAGCGGGAGCUCCUACCUACUCCAAGGACUCCGGAACUGUGGAGGCUGUGGAGCAGAAAUCAAAAAUGGCCAAUCUCUGGUGGCUCUAGACAAACACUGGCAUUUGGGCUGUUUUAAAUGCAAGACCUGUGGAAAGCAACUGAAUGCAGAGUAUAUUAGCAAGGAUGGUGUCCCCUACUGUGAGGCUGACUAUCACACUAAGUUUGGCAUUAGAUGCGACAGCUGUGGAAAAUACAUUACAGGCAGAGUACUGGAGGCAGGAGAAAAACACUAUCAUCCUUCUUGUGCAUUAUGUGUCAGAUGCAGCCAGAUGUUUGCGGAAGGCGAGGAAAUGUAUCUUCAAGGUACAUCCAUCUGGCAUCCAGCCUGUAGACAAGCAGCCAAAACUGAAGAAAAAAGCAAGAUGCAGAACCAAAUUUGCAAUCAGGUUUGCCCCAUCACCACCCAAAAUGCCUUAAAGGAAACAAGGACUUCCUCAGAGAGCAUAAUUUCUGUGCCUGCCUCAAAUACGUCGGGAUCUCCAAGUCGUGUGAUUUAUGCUAAGCUUGGAGAUGAGAUUCUUGACUACAGGGACUUGGCUGCUCUUCCUAAAAGCAAGGCCAUCUAUAACAUCGACCGCCCAGAUAUGAUCUCCUACUCUCCAUACAUCAGUUACUCCUCAGGUGACAGGCACAGUUAUGGAGAGGGCGACCAAGAUGAUCGAUCAUACAAGCAAUACAGGACCUCCAGUCCAAGCUCCACAGGAUCAGUCAGCUAUGGGCGUUAUACUCCAACUUCCCGCUCCCCUCAGCAUUACAGCAGACCAGCUGGUACUCUGAGUCUUGGUACCAGUAGCUGCAUCUCCCUGCCCCAACACCCAAGCCCUACAUCUAUGUUCAGACAUCAUUACAUCCCUUACUUCAAAGGCAGUGAAAGUGGCCGGAGCACUCCCAGUUUAUCCAUGUAUUCAGACAGCAAACCUUCACCUUCUACCUAUCAGCAGGCUCCUAGACAUUUCCAUGUGCCAGACUCUGGAGUAAAAGAUAACAUCUAUAGGAAACCCCCCAUCUACAAACAGAAUGUGACAAAGAAAUUAGAUGAAGAUGGAAGUUUUGAUCCAGAUAACCGGAAGCAGAAGACCAGUUGGUUGUUUCUCAAGGGGGAUACGGACACUAGAACAAACUCGCCUGACCUGGAUACACAGUCACUAUCUCACAGUAGUGGGACAGAGAGAGACUCUCUUCAGAGAACACAAGGAGACUUCUAUUCACGAUUCCCAUAUAACAAAUCUGCUUCUCUACCUGGAUAUGGAAAGAAUGGAUUCAACCGGAAUGCAAAUAUGGCCCAAUAUGAAGCAGACCAGGAUACCAGUUGGGGGAUGCGAGAAUACAAGAUUUAUCCCUAUGAUAUGCUCAUCGUCACAAACCGAAUUCGGGUGAAAUUGCCCAAAGAUGUGGACAGGACCAGACUGGAGAGACACUUGUCCCCUGAAGAAUUCCAGGAAGUCUUUGGGAUGACUGCAGAAGAAUUUGAUCGCCUGGCUCUUUGGAAGAGGAAUGAAUUGAAGAAGAAGGCAUUGCUUUUCUAACCUCUCCCAGAGGGAAAAAAAAUGUGCUAGUUCAGCAAAAACAAAACAAAAAGAAAAAACACAACCUAAAGUAGUGUUCCAGAACUAUCGUACACACUCGCUGCUGUACCAUUCUCCUACUUCCUUGUGUUCAUGUUGGGGGGGAGGGGAGUGAUCAAAGGAAGAGUUUAGCUCAUAGGAUUUUGGAACAGAGGCCAUUCAGGAAUCUGGAUCUGGCUGGAGGAUUAGGCACUGACUCUUCUCCCCAGCUGGUUAAAAGGAAAAAAAAAAAGAAUGAAAGAAAGAAAAUAGCCUUAAGUUACCCAUUCCUCUGUAUAACUUCACAUGAAGGGGAUCUUUAAAGGGGAGGGGGAGGAUAAGGGAAGGGUGAAACAUAGCUGUGGGGAGAGAAAUGAUAGCUCAUUUGAUGGCUUUUGAGAAAGUGUGUUAAAAUGGCAGAAGUAAUGAGGAAGCCUUGAAUGCCAUCUUAGAUAAGGGAAGACAGACAAACUUUCCAAUGUUGAAGGGAAUAGAAUUUUUAGUUCAGAAUCUAGGCUGAAGAGAGGCAGAUUAGUGAAGGGUUUCUUUUUUAGGGGGAAAGAUAAAUUUCUCCCUGAAAUUAACAGAAAGUCUUUGACCAGUUAUAUUUGGAGGCAUUGAGCUAUGAUGGUUUGAAAGUGUCACACACACACACACACACACACACCUCUCAAUGGUAUCUUUAAUUAUACAAGAGUUUUUAUUUUAUUAAAAAAAAGUCUAUUGACACAUGACAUGUUAUAGCAUACUAAACAAUAAAAUGACCUAUAUAAAGAGCUUAAUUUUAAUGUCCCAUUCAACAGAAAUCCUGAAGCCUUAUACCUACUGGGUUCCUAGCUGCGUAGUUUCUGUCAUUGCAAUGUUGCUAACCUAUACCUAUAUAAAUAUAUAUAAAUAUACAUAUAUAUUAUAUAUAAUUUUUCUACGCUUCCCCCAGGUGAUGUGAAUGGCAUCGCUCUAUAAAAGAAUGCUAUUUGUACAUACGUAUUAUAAAGGCACCACUCUUUCCUCUCCUUCUCUGGCUUCAUCUUGUGAGCCUUAUAAAGAUAACUUAGUUUUCUGACAGCAAAAGCUUGGGACUGUAGGAGCUCAGCAAAUAAAUAAAUAAAUAGACUAGAAAACCUAGCUCUCCCUGUGGAUACAUUGGAAAAAAAACAAACCCCAGGCCGAAUACCUGCAUGUUCCUGAACAAACUGGAUGCCUGCAUAAACACAGUGUACAGUGGGGAGAGAGGACACUUUGCUUUUGCCAGGCAAAGCUACUGAAACGUUUCAUAGGUGUUGCAUGUGAGCAUUAGGUUCUUGAUGCAACGAAGACUGUAAAAUUGCUGACGCCAUAUGGGAAGAAGUCUAGGGUAGUGAGUGGGUUGGAAAUACAGCAAAUCGAUAGUUUUAUGUAAUUCUAAAAACACAUUAUCCAAAGUAUAUUUUCAAGUUCUCUGAUGUGGUCUGCAUUUUUCUUGUCCAGGAUGUCUUUGUUUCUAGUCUACAUUCACUCUAUAUCUUUGGGCAGUUUCUUAAAGUAACUGCUCACAAUGUGCACUGCUUCAAACUAAUUCAACAUAUCCAGGGAUGGAGGCCUUGUAGUGGUCAACUUUAUGUCUUUGAAUUAGCUGGUGAGAAUGGAGUGGUCAGAAAGGAGCUAUCUUCUCCUCAGCUCAGAGCUCUGUCUGAUCCUACCAACACCUGGGAAAAUAAAGUCAUUUUUGCUCAAUAAAGUAAAAAGUGUUGUGAUA